CCGGCUCUGUUUCAGGAAGCAUGUCCGUCGAUGAGUUUCCUGCAGGACAGAACGGCGGAUAAAUUGCAAAAUAGUGCAAUGGCUUUUCCUGCUGCACAACGUUUAGCUGCACGUUUUGGGACAUUGCGUUCACAUUUUCUGAAUGUUUGUGUCACGAGGCGUGCCCGUUGUCGUUACUAUACAAAAGAAAGAUCACUGGACCAUCACUGUCGUGAUCUCGAGCGCUACAGGGACUUGAAGGUGUGUUUCAAGAGACACCUGAAGGCAACUUACCGAAAGUUCUCAAACGUACCGGACCACUCAGCGGUGUACGGUCGUCACCAUGUUUAUUUUAUGGAAGGAAACGCCAUCUACAGAACGGAAAAGAAAAAAGGCAAGUCGGAACCAGAGCGAGUUCUCGACCUGGGAUGCAUCUGUGCGGGUGAGGAGGCACAAGAGUGGACUGUGCAGAGAAUACGACUUUCCCCUCACGAGAAGCAUCUUGCGGCCACUGUGAAGAAGCACAAUACAGAAAUAACAAGGUGCGUGGUCGUGAACCUUGACCAAAGAAACAUACUCACACUGGACGACGUCUUCAGCUUUGAAUGGGCCACAGAUGAGGUGUUGUUUUACACCAUCCAGGAAGGUCUGAAGUGCCAAAGUGUAUAUCGCAUGGACCUGACACCAAAUUCCAGCAAAAUACGCUCUGUGUACGAGGAAUCGCAGCCGGAUGUUUUUGUAGAGGUGUCCCUCUCGAGAGACGGCCACAUGCUGAACAUCACCUGCAGCAGCAGGAGCAGCUCUGAGGUGUCGCUCGUGGAUGUCUCCGACCCCCAUCUGGAGCCCGUCUUGGUUCAGGCGCGCCAGCCGGAGCUGCUGUACCACGUGGAACACUGGAGGCGCAACUUGAUCAUACUCGCCAACACGGGGCCUGGACAGGAAUAUCAGGUGGUGAAGGCCUCCCUCUCUGAGCCCUCCAUGAUGUCAUGGGACACCAUAUUCACCCCGUGUCCCGGCACUGUGCUCAAAGACAUGGACGUGGUCGGGGACCACUGCAUACUGGUUGCCUUGACGACGAGCAAUGAGCUUGAGCUGAUCGUCGUGCCGCUUUCCCGACCGAGGGAAGCUUACACCCUGCAGGUAAAAAAAAAAAAAGUGGCGAAUAUUGGUGACCAUAAUCCAUAUGAUUUACACGUGAAGCUGCCGUCCUGGGCGUGCGCCGUCGACACCGAGCGUCCGGGCCUUGCAGAGCAACGCAGCACACUGCAGUUCCUGAUCUCCUCUCCGGUCAGCCCCCCAGUGUCCUACCGUCUUCACCCCGAGGGAGGUUUCCUUUCAUCCAACACGGGAGACGGGCCCUCUCGGGAAAGUUUUAUCACUGCGCGAUUGAAGGCCCGCAGCCAGGACGGCACCUUGGUGCCUGUUACACUUUUUCACGCCGGGGCAUGUACAAAAGACAUGCCUCUGCUGGCGCACGUCUACGGGGCUUACGGCCGGGACGUCGACAUGCAAUUCUGCCCGGAGAAAAGGUUUCUGCUGGAGCAGGGCUGGGCUCUGGCCUACUGCCAUAUAAGAGGCGGAGGAGAGCGCGGGCUGGCGUGGCAGAGGCAAGCUCGCGUCCAGGGGAAGCACAGAGGAGUGGAGGACCUUCAGGCCUGCCUCCAUCACCUCUUCUCCUCGGGGGUCUCAAGCCCUUCAAGGAGCGCACUGACCGCGCGCAGCGCCGGGGCCGUGCCAGUGGGGGCGCUGUGCAACACACGGCCAAACAUGAUGCGGGCGGUCGUGCUGCAGAGUCCUUACCUGGAUGUGCUGGGAACAAUGGAGGACCCCAAAAUGCCUCUCACGAUGGAGGACAGGGAGGAGUGGGGAGACCCCCUGGGAAAUCGCCAACAUAGGCUCGCCAUCGCCUCCUAUUGCCCAGUUCACAACAUCACUCCUCAGUGCUACCCGUCCAUGCUGCUGACGGCUCACGCCGACGACAACAGGGCGCCUUUGGCCGGUGUCCUCAAGUACACCGAAAAGCUCAAGGAAGCGGUGCAAAGUCACUUGAGCGUGGCAGCCAUAUUGGACCCUGAACCAAAUCUAGUUGUGAAUAUUCAACCUGGAGCCAAUCACGUGGGACCAGUUGACUGGGACUCCAUGCUGGAGGAGGAAGCCUUCCAGAUUGCGUUUCUCUACAAGGAGUUGGGCAUGGAACCUCCUCAUCCUCCACGCAGGAGGAAGAGAACAAACUUGUGUGGAUGACAGCAGAAGACAAGACAAGAGGCCAUGUGACUGCAGGGUUGAUUUCUUUUAGCGUCAUGCGCAUGUGAUGAGAAACAAUAUGCACGUUAGCAUGUGUAGAGAAUGUCCAAAGCGCUUAAAUAACAGGCCUUCUCCGAGAUGUAACACUGGCUCGGGUGGUUGGCAUUAAAGCGAGCGUGCGACCAAAACUCAAUGGUCAAACCCUCUCCCGCCUCUGUAGCGAUCGCUGACUUGGUGACCGCCUUUCCGUCGUUGGCCCGGUCGGUGCUCAUCAGAAUUCGCAUCUGCUCGGGCAGCUCCGCCACUGUCGACAGGUCAGUGACGGCCGAGCUGCGGCCCACGUUGAGCACCAAGAGGAAGGCGCGCUCCAUCCCGUCCAGCUCUCGCAGAUAGGCCAAGACAUUGCGGUCAGCGUAGACGUGGCAGAACCAGCCCCGUUGGAGAGGCAGCUCCGACAGACGAAGCUCGCUCAGACGGUGGUACUGAAACAGCACCGAGUCUUCGUCUCGCCGCUGGACCUGGACGGCGACGUGCGGCAUGGUCGAAUCAAUGUGCGGUUGAAAUAAAAAAAGUGAUUUUGGAGGGGCGCUGCGUACCUCCACGUUGACGUCGCUGUAAUUGGGGUGCACGGGCAACCACGUCACAUUACUCUUGUCGCUGAAGCCCGCGUUGGCGGCACCACUCCACUGCAUCGGAGAACGCUGAGGAAACAAAACAAACUUCAAGGGACAAUAACCUCCUGAGGUCAUACAAAAAUGAUCAAGUGUGAAUAUUUGGAGCAACCUUAAUUUGAGACUGUCCAACGUAUUGCUCCCGUAAAAGCAUUUAUUUUAUUUUACCGUAAAAGCAUUCAUUUUCUUCAACAUGAUUUCAAACCUGUUGGUAAUGUACUGUAAAAGAAAUACAAUGAAAUAUGUUUUACCGCACUA